GAGCCAUGCGCUGGCUGCUCGCGUGCGCCGCGGGGCUGCUGGCCGCGUGCGCCGCGGGGCGCGGGGCUCGCGGGGCCGAGGAGGGCGGCGCGGGGCUCGCGUUCACUGCCGGGGGCGCCGCUCAGCAGCCCGUGGGGGUGGCACGGGCUCGCAGGUAUCUUCUGUACGACGUGAACCCUGGCGAGGGCUUCAACCUCCGGCGGGACGUGUACAUGCGUGUGGCGACACUUCUACAAAAGCUGGGUAAGGCCGAGCCGUGGGUUCUGGUGCUGCCGCCGUGGGGCCGCAUGUACCACUGGCAGAGCCGCUCGCUCAGCCAGCAGCAGCAGCAGCGCAUCCCCUGGUCCGCCUUCUUCAACACGCCCAGCCUGGCCGCCUACGUACCGGUCAUCGAAUACGAGGAGUACCUCAAAGAGAAUGGAGGUCCGUUCAUUGAGCAGGUGUUCUACCUGCAGUCCUAUGCGGAGGGCUGGACGGAAGGCAAGUGGGAGGAGAAAGUGGACGUGCGACCGUGCGUUGAGAAGCCAGUCUAUCGUCUUGAUGAGCACGGCUAUUACAGAGGCUGGUUCUGGGGCUACCCAGAGACAAGAACCAAAAAUGUCACGUGCUUGUCUGUACAGGGCAUGGCCUCCAUCAUGGUGCCUCUGUUGCUACGAAACACUUCUGCCAGGUCUGUGAUGUUGGAUAGAGCUGAAAACCUUCUGCAUGAUGAGUAUGGACAGAAAACCUACUGGGAUGCUAGGCGAAGCAUGGUGUUUGCACGGCCUCUCCGAGCCUGGGCUGAUGAAUUCCGAGCUGAACACCUCAACUCGACAGACGCCACUGACAAGACCUUCUUCCAGGAGGACUGGAGAAAAAUGAGGGUUAAGGUCGGAACGGCUACAGGUGGACCAUACCUCGCUGCUCAUUUGCGGCGGAAGGACUUCCUGUAUGGGCACUCGGGGGACGUGCCCAGCCUGGAGGCAGCGGCUAACACCCUCCACCGCCUCAUGAAACAGCUGAAGCUUCCCCGCGUGUUCAUCGCAACCGAUGCUGACCAAGACGAGGUACGCGAGCUCCGGACACUGCUUCCACAGAUGGUUCACUUCGAGCCGAGUCAGGCGGAACUGCACAGGUUCCUGGACGGGGGCGUCGCCAUCAUUGAUCAGUGGAUCUGUGCUCACGCCAGGUACUUUAUUGGGACGUCGGUGUCCACGUUUUCAUUCCGGAUUCACGAGGAGAGGGAGAUCCUCGGAUUCGACCCCCGCAGCACGUACAAUCGCUUCUGUGGCGACGCAGAGGUCAACUGCGAGCAGCCUACACGUUGGAAGGUCAUCUACUGAGCCAAAGGUGGCAGCACCGCACCUGUUCCACGCUGUUUCGGUGGGUUCUUGGAAUUAGCUGAAAGUGCCCUUUAUUCAGAAUAGGGAAUGACUGAGUGUGCUCUAUUGAAGGCUACUUGGGGGCCCCUUGGAGUUAUUAGGGGUGGUGAAUGUAAGGCAUGUUGUACUGCAGUGAUAAGAGAGAUGUUAAGUGUCUGUUUUGCUGGUCUGAUUGUGUACUUGAACAGAGUUGCCUUUGACAUUAGUAGAGGGUUUGUGAUGCUUCCCUUUGCAAAUCAGGUACGGGUCUCCUGUAUCUAACCAUUGUCAUUUUCUUAUGAAGUUAAUGUUUAUAAAUAAAUAAAAACCACACUAACUGUUGAUACUGUACACGUAGAUACUUUUGAAGCUAAUGGUGUCAUAACUAUAUGUGAUUGAGUGUAAAUAAAAAAUAGAUUGAAUUAAAUAUACAAUUUAACAUCUAAGCGAGGUUCUACUUUCAUGAACAAGAAAAUAGUCACUCUAAAUCAGUGUCAAAGUGAACCUUGAUGGAUUUUAAAAUUAUAUUUUGUGAAUUAUAAAACUUGCUUUAAAUCCAGAAUACUAAUAUUAACCCCAAUGUUUACCAAAAAACCUUGACAUAACUCUUAAGGCUUAAUGUCAGCUAUAUAUCCUAUUUCUUAAUCUGAUUGGACUCUACUUCUGUCUUGAGCAUUAAUGCUGUCCUUGUUAAAUACUUUGUUUUAUUCAAGCUAAAAUGCAUAACAUUUCCCUCAUGAUCACAUUUGAACGAUUUGAAAUAAUAUAUUUUUAAUCGUGUCCAUUUUAAUAAAACUCAACUUGGUUGAAUUUAAAAGAGUCAUCACAUUCACACUUGUUCUCUGUUAUAAUAUACGCAGGUUCAAAACUACACUAGUCACACUACAGAGACCGGUAUAUCAUAUAUCACGUGGCGUGUGUGACAUUACCAAUUCCACGGUAACUACUCUGUCGCCAUGAUAGGUAAAGUGACAUGAACCCACGAAUUCGAGUGACUGUGUAAUGUGGGUUUGUUAUUUACAAAUGCUGUUUAAAAUUGUUACAGAUAACUAUGAGCAGGUGACAGAUAUUUUGUAUGUUUUGGACAUUUACCUGUUUACAGUUGGUGAACUUUGUUGCAGUGACAAUUUCACAGACCUAUAUCGAUACUCGGUGCAGAGUUGUCUAAUAAUUGCAGACUCCAGUGAUGGUAUUAAUCUCAGCACUACCUUGAUUGCACCUGACUUGGAUGUAAACAUUGCUAUGUAUUUGCUGUAAUGUGAGACUUUCGUGAUGUUUUUUAAGACUUGGAAUUUACUCUACAAUUGUUUGAAUACGAAUGCAUAUAAAAUAAAGAAUUCUAGACAUUUUA